UGCCCUCCCUGACUCCAUACUACCCACCACCGUAGAAGUGCAGACGUUUCUUUCUGCCGCCAUCCUCCAUCCUAGACCCGGACACCAAACACAAACCAGCACUUAAACAUGAGCUAUACAGUGGAACAGAGGGGAGCCCCCAACUCCCUGGACUACCGCCUGUUCUUCAAAAAUGCAGAGGGAAAGUACAUCUCACCAUUCCAUGACAUACCAAUGUAUGCUGAUGAGAGUCAGAACAUUUUUCACAUGGUUGUUGAAGUACCAAGAUGGACUAAUGCUAAGAUGGAGAUUGCAACAAAAGACCUCUUGAACCCAAUUAAGCAAGAUGUGAAGAAGGGCAAGUUGCGGUUUGUUGCCAAUGUUUUCCCACAUAAAGGCUACAUUUGGAACUAUGGAGCCAUUCCUCAGACAUGGGAAGAUCCCGGACACAAAGACGGAGACACUGGCUGCUGUGGUGACAACGACCCCAUUGAUGUCUGUGAGAUCGGCAGUAAGGUGUGUUCCCGUGGGGAGGUAAUCACAGUGAAGGUGCUUGGGAUCUUGGCCAUGAUCGAUGAGGGUGAGACUGAUUGGAAAGUGAUUGCAAUCAAUGUGGAGGACCCUGAAGCCAACGACUUGAACAACAUCAGUGAUGUCCAGCGCCUGAAACCUGGCUAUCUGGAGGCCACAGUCGACUGGUUCAGGAAGUACAAAGUGCCAGAUGGGAAGCCAGAGAACAAGUUUGCUUUCAACGAUGAGUUCAAAGACAAGGACUUUGCCCUUGAAGUUAUCAAGAGCACUCACAACUUCUGGAAAAACCUAAUUUCCCAAAAGACCGAUGCUGGUGGACUGAGCUGCAAAAACACAUGCAUCUCGGCUGGCGACAGCCCGUGCUGCUGCACACAGGAUGAAGCUAAAGCUACUGUUGAAGCAUGUCCUUGUGGAAAGGAAGAGUGUGUGCCCCCAACAGUAGAUACAUGGUUCUACUGUGGAAAGGAAGUAAUCCAAGAGCUGUUUGGAUCGGAGCAGAGUGAAAGGCUCAUCUCUCAUAGGAUUACUUGAAGAUGGUCUUACAUUAGGAACCAACAGGGUGGCAGGAUGGGACAUGGAUGGUUGUGUCUGGGUCCGUUAUUUUACUGUAAAUGAAAAGAUAGCGGUUAGAUUCUGUAGAGAAAGAGAAAAGUAAAAAAAAAAUCACUCAUGUCUUGACCAAUGAAUAUUUUCACUUAUUUAACAAAGAUCUCUUUGGAGAUGUGCUGUCACGAACAAAGUACAGGUACUGUGCCUGGUAUUUACUUGUGCCCUGUAUGAGACUCUGAACUGCUUUAAUAAAGCUUCUCUGGUUAAAUUAUCAACAAA